AUGGUCAAGAUACUGCCACCUCCUAAGCCCAAUAUCCCGGAGCCAGAGCCUGGAAUGGCUCUCUCCCUCUUUCCAUCAGGUCACUACUUGUGGCUAGACGACUAUGAGUACUACGACCAGCUAGGCCGCAAUCCUCUCCAGCAGGCAAAGCUAUGGCUCAUCACCGACCCGGAAGAGCGAGUGGCCAAGCUUGACGAGGUGCUUGAGAAUUACCCGAAGCAAGUUCACAGGCGGAAUAUGCUAUAUGACGCCGCAAAGCGCGGCGACGAGGCCUUGGUUCGACGCCUCGUGGCCACGGGCUUGAAGGUGCACCCAGAUAUCCCAGAGGAUCCUCAAUCGGAGGAGGAGGCUCAGGCCGAUCAAGAAGCGAGAGAGAAUGGAUCCAUCCCGGAUAAGGAUGACCCUUCGGUGACCCCAGUUCAUGUUGCAGCCCUCUACGGCCAUGUGGGAUGUCUGGAUAUCCUCUUGGAACAAGGAAAGGCUGAUGUGGAUGUCCGCGAUAAGUCUGGACGCACUCCACUCAUAUUGGGCGCGAAACAUCCAGAGGUGGUGCGCUAUCUCCUCGGCAAGGGAGCCGAUCCAACUGCAAGGGCAAAUUCUGAGUGUGGGAAUGGUAACGCACUGGAGUUUGCGGCUGACAGUGCUGCAAUUGAAAGUGUCAAGCUGUUGCUGGAACAUCCUAUUCAUAGCUCGACAAAGAAGAGGAAGAUCACUACUGAUGAAGAGCCGGAGGAGUGGGUCACUCCGUUGGCCAUCAAAGCGGCUGCGAAGGCGCCUCAAGGCUUCAACACGCUCAAACUUCUACUCGAGCACGGUGCUUAUGCGGUAGAGGCACGAGAUGGUAAGACAAAGGGUAAGUUGCUAUCAAAGGAACAACGGGAAGCCAUUGUCGAGGCCAUCCCAGAAGCAGCAAUGGCCGGCUCUGUCGAUGCUCUCAAGCUGCUCCUCAGCUACAAGUAUCCCACCGAUCUCGAUGGCGAGAUCCUCCCCUUUGACAUUUCCGAGGACCUCCACAAGCCGUUUGUGUAUGGGGCGUACGGUGCCAUGGAAAACAACAGCCCCGAAAAGUUCGAGUUCAUCAACAGCUUUGGCAUCACCGAGCAUGAGACCAUGUCCCUCGACCAGCUUCCCGAAGGCCAAACCCUCAACCUUCAGCAUCUACUUGACCAAGCUGCAGGGGCGGGGUCUAUUGACAGCGCUCGGCUGAUGAUAGAGCGCUAUAGCGCUGACCCCAACAAGCACCGCAUGCCGCCGGGUAUGAAGCCCUUGUACUUGGCUGCAGCUAACGACAAGCCCGAAAUGGUCCGCUUUCUUCUUGAGAGCCACGGCGCCGACGUUCACGCGGGGAAUGGAAGAUACGCGACAGGUCCGACUGCGCUAUGGAUCGCGGUAGUCCUCAAGUCUAUGGAGUCCGUCCGUCUUCUCCUCCAGUACGGCGGCCCGGUGGAUCACAUCGAAGAGGUGAUCCGCAAUGUGUCAGGCCCAAUGACUGUCGUGCUGAAAGCCGACCGUGAAGACACUGGCUCCGCAUCUUCAGUGCGAGUUGAGACCCAAGAGACGGCAAAAGCGUAUCUCGAAAAGUACAAGGGCAACUUCCAGAACCUCAACCCACCAUUCGUUCUCUUAAAAAUCGGACCCGAGGACAAGGAAUGGAUCGAGAAGCUGCAGGCGCGAAGGUCGGCCGAGGAGCUGGCCGAGUCUGGGGAAAAUGCAAGGGAACUGGAUGAGAAGUCGGGGACCAAAGACGAAGAGCUUAGCGAAGACGAUCCCCGGAAGCUUUCGGCACCAUUUCCGACCAUUACUGAAAGAGACGAUGAGUUGCUGAAUGAUGAUGAUCUCAUCCCAAAGUUUGUGCCGUUCUUAGUACCUGCGGGACAGUAG